AUGCCGCGCCACGACGACAACGCGCAGGACGACACGUCGACCAACCCGGGCGCCGACGUGGACAUGGCUGAGGAGGCGAGCACCGCGGCGCAUCCGGAGGAGGAGACGGCCGACAACGGAGCAGACGUUUCCAUGGCUGUCGAGGAGACGGCCCCGCCCGCGCGAACGAGCUUCACCAGCUACCUCCAGAGCCCAAUCGUGAACCUGCUGGUCGGUCAAGGCGACAAGCAGACGCUCCUCUCGGCGCAUCAGGCGCUACUAGUGCAGAGCCCGUACUUUGAGGCUGCCUGCCAGGGUUUCGUCGAUGAUGGCAGCGUGAGUCGCCGUCACCCCCCUUCCUCCUCCCACUUUCCUUGA